AUAUAGCUGGUUCCAAAUAUCUGUACCAAGACAGAGCAGCUGCCCUAAUCUUUUUUUGUGGACUUCUAGAACCAAAGCAGAUUUUUUUUUUCUAUUCAGAAACAUCUGAUCGGUUCUUCCAAGUGACAAAAGCAGGAUUUCACGUAAUAAGAGAUGGCAGAAACAGAGCCCAGGCCACACCCAGGUAAUACACCUGCAGUGGUGUCCCCGGAUGAAGCCACAGGAACAGACUGCUGUUGUCUGGUUAAAGCUGAAGACGAUGUAUUUAAAGAGCCAAUGAAGAAAAGACGCCGGUCGGGCCCAGGCCAGAGAUUCCGAGCCCUUCAGUCAGCAGAACAGUGCGCUCUUAAGGAAUAUGAGAAAUUGGAGUCACGGACCAGAAGGGUUUUGAGCAACACUUACCAGAAACUUCUGCAGUGUGUCUUCUUGGAUGACAGCAUUCCUAACGGAGUCAAGUAUCUCAUAAACAGGCUUCUUGCCUUGAUUGAAAAGCCAUCAUUGGAUCCGAUCUACAUUGGCUUAUUUGGAAGCACUGGGGCUGGGAAGAGCUCCCUGAUCAAUGCCAUCAUCCAGCAGGCAAUGUUUCUGCCCGUGUCUGGAGAAAGCAUUUGCACUUCUUGUAUCGUCCAAGUGCGCUCGGGCUGCUGUGAGCAGUAUGAGGCCAAAAUCCACCUUCUCUCUGACCAGGAGUGGAAAGAGGAGCUGAAGAACUUGACUAAACUCCUGCACAGUGCAGAGGAGCCAGACGGGGAAGAGGUGGACCCCUGGGAUGGGGACGGCGCAGUGGAGGAGGCCAUCUGGAAGCUAAGGAUGGUCUAUGGAACUGGGGCAGAAAGAAAGAACUAUGAGGAGCUACUGAGGGCAAAGCCCAAAGGGAAGAUUCCCACCUCCAGAGUCAUCACUCUCAAGGCAGAAGAGGCAGGAGAACUGUCCGUCAAGCUGGACUCCUACAUCCGGACUCAGAGGAGAGACGGGGACGGAGAAUCAGCUGAAACCCGAAUCUGGCCCUUGAUCAAACACGUGGAAGUGACUCUCCCCAAAUCCUCGCUAAUUCCGGAAGGGGUGGUGCUGGUGGACAUUCCAGGCACAGGCGACUUCAACAGCAAGAGGGAUGAGAUGUGGAAAAAGACCAUUGAUAAGUGCUCAGCGAUCUGGGUGAUCAGCGACAUAGAAAGAGUUUCCGGAGGGAGAGCCCAUGAAGACCUUCUGAAUGAGAGCAUCAAAGCCUGCCAGCGAGGCUUCUGCAGGGACGUUGCCCUAGUGGUCACCAAGACAGACAAGCUCCACCUGCCGGAAUAUCUAAGGGAAAGAAAGCUGGGAAAUCAAGCUGUUCAAAGUCAGCGAGAGGCUGUUUUGGAAAGAAAUGAAAUGAUAAAGCAACAGAGGAGUAGAAAUCUCAAGGAAAAACUGAAGAGAAAACUGCCUGCGGACUCCAAGGCUCUGGAAAUCUCGGAUCUGGUGUACACAGUCAGUGCCCAGGAGUACUGGCAGAAGAUCCUCCUCACCGAAGAGGAAACUGAAAUCCCCAAGUUAAGAGAAUACAUCAGGAAAAGGCUCUUGGACGAGAAGAGGAGGAUGGUGACCAAGUAUGUUACUGAAGCCUUUGGCCUACUGCUCCUCACAGACAGCUUCAACUCCACAGAAAACCUGCCGAAUGAACAUUUGCACUUGAGCGGCCUGCGGAGAUUUGUGGAAGAGAGGACGGAGCUGCUGGAGAAGGCCAUGGAGCAGUGCUUUGCCCACAUAGAGCGGCCUCUGCAAGAAGGGGUCCGGGUGGCCAGGACUUCCUACCGACGCAUCCUCGGGGCAUGCCUGGUGAGGAGUAAAGGGAACCAAGGUUUUCACCAGACCCUGAAAGCUGUUUGCCUGAAGAAUGGCAUCUAUGCCUCCAGGACUCUGGCAAGAAUCGACCUGAACCAAGCCAUCACUCAGCCCAUCUAUGACCAGAUUGACCCUGUUUUUGGAGGCAUUUUUAGGGCUGGGAAGCCUGCCGACUCGGCGCUGAUGCCUCACAUUGACGCUUUCAAGCAUUCUCUGCAGGAGAAAAUGGCAGAAAUUGGGAUAAGAAGUGGCUGGAAGUGUGAAAGCUACAAAAAACGUUUCCUGAUCCAGGAGAUAAGCGCCAUCCUGGGAGGCCUGGAAGGCUACAUCCUCAGAAGGAAGAGGAGGAUCUACGAGUCUGUCACCAACUCCAUUCAGAACGACCUGAAGCCCUAUUAUGAAGAGGCAGCUCAGAUCACUGGCAAAAAAGCAUGUGAGAGGAUGAAGGAUGUCAUCAGAAGAGGAGUGGAGCGGCAGGUGGCCGAGGGCAUGUUUGAAAGGGCUCAAGAAAGAAUGCAGCACCAGUUUCAGCAGCUGAAGAAUGGGAUCACGGAGAAGGUGAAGGGCAGCAUUGCCACCAUGCUGACUCUGGUGUCGUCCCAGGGGGAUGGUCUCUACAAGGAGCUUGCAGAUGUCAGCAGUGAACACAGGGAGAUGGAAAAGCUCCACAGGAGCCUGAGGGAGGUGGCGGAGAACGCGCAGCUGCGGAGGGGCAUGCAGGACUUCCUGAGAAUGUCCCCCAGCAAAGCCUCCCCCAGAACCUGACUGCUUCCUGGGAUCAGCAUGGAAACCAACUCCAGGGUAACCAGAAUGACUUCUGUUUCCUUGAAAUCCAAUAAAGAACAUUUCCCAACUGUUUGGGCUUUUUAUACACAAUAGAAACCCAAUA